ACUCUCUCUCAACCAUGGCACACAAGGUCCUGUCGGCGGCGCUGGUGGUGGUGAUGGCGGCGGCAGCGGCGGCGGCCCCCCAGUACAGCUACGAGCCCCCCGCCGCCCCCUCCAACCUCUACGAGAUCCCCGCCCAGAGCGUGGACCAGCCCGUCAAUGAGUACCUGCCCCCCCUUGAGGCCCAGCCGCAGAAUAUUGUGCCCGAAGUGGUGACGCCCCCCACCCGACCCCCCACGACCCCCACCCCCAGCACCCCGGCGAUGAAGGGGAUGCCGUACGACUUCGAGUGGGGCGUGCAGGACGGAGACAGUGGGAAUGCCUUUAGCCACGUGGAGAACAGCGACGGGAAGACGACCCAGGGGGAGUACCGUGUCCUGAUGGCCGAUGGACGCACGCAGGUGGUCAAAUUCUUCGACAACGGCGGGGGCUUCAACGCUGUGGUUACCUAUGAGAAGUAACCAACCCCCACCCCGCCCUCGACGUAACCUCCGCUUCGUCCUUGCCUCUUCCCUUCGCCCUCCUCCUCUUGUCCUCCUCUCUCUUCCACUUUCCUUCCUUCCCUCUUUCAUCAUUGCCUUCUCGCCCUCCUCUUCCCUUCUUGUCCCCCUCUCUCUCUCUCCUCUAUCUAUAUAUUAUCACCCAAUUUCCUUCCUUCUCUUCUUUCGUUAUUGCCUUCUUGCCCUUCUCUUCCCUUCGCCCUUCCCUUCUUGUCUCUUCUCUCUCUCCUCUCUCUAUAUUAUCACCCACUUUCCUUCCUUCCCUCUUUCAUUAUUGCCUUCUUGCCCUCCUCCUUCCUUUCUUCUUAGAUUUUGACUCUUCUUCCUCCUCCUCCUUCUUCUCUAACUCCAUCCUUUCCUCGCCAUUCUCUGUACUCAUUCAUCUCCUUACCUUUCAUCCUUCUUUCAUUCAUUCUUUCAUUUUAGUUUUCUUCUUCUCAACCUUUAUCACUUUUUCGCCUUUUUCUCUGCUUGUUCAUCUCCUCACCCUCCACUUCAUCCUUCCUUCUUUCAUUCAUUCUUUCACUUUAUCAUUCUCUUCCUCCUCCUCUUCACCUCCUCCCGUCGGCAUCCUUUCCCCGUCCUUCGCCUCUCUCUCCUCGUCCUUCCCAAGAUCCUUCCAACCAUCACCAGCUCCUCACCCUCCUUUCUCCCCCGAGGCGUUUCUACUCCUAUCAUUUCCCUCCUCCUCCUCCUCCUCCUCCUCCUCGUCCUCCUCCUCCUCCGCGUAACCCUGCCCUUGCACGCCUAACCCUCGCCGGGGGAAGAAGAACCAAGGAGGAGAGAAACAUUAAGAAGAUUUACUUGCUGUUUUGAGUCUCCUUAAUCCCGGUGAAGCCUUGUUUGGUGAUACUUACUUUCUCUCUCUCUCUCUCUCUCUCUCUCUCUCUCUCUCUCUCUCUCUCUCUCUCUCUCUCUCUCUCUCUCUCU